UGCACAAUUAUUGUCUUUCAGACGUCCUGUAUAAAUAGCCUGCUAAAACACAACGACUGAGCCACUCGAAGGUGGAAGGAGAGAGCUGGAAAGAUUGUAAUCGCUUAAUUCCCGGUGAGUCACUGCGAGCAGCCUCCGAAAGGCGGAUUGAUCAUACAGAUCUGCGUGGCGACCAGCAAAUGCGGAUGAAGUCACUUCACUAAGUGGAGAACCGUGCCAUACCAUAUUCAUAAGCCAGAUCAAUAAACGUCCAGCUUGUCGAGGGAAUUAAUUAUUCCGGUCCUCCAGCAACAUCCCUUGAUCUUCACACUAGGCAACCAGUUAUUUCAUGAAUUGAGGAUUGACCGACCUGGUCUGGGACUCGUGACGUAGAGAAGUCCAGCAUGCAAUUGAUCCUGCCCCUUCAAGACUCUGUGGACGCGCUCAAUGGACAGCAAGCACAGGAAGCUGGCAAAGCUCUCUGUCCAGGCCCCGCAGAGGGGAACGAUCGUGUUGAUCAUCAUGAUGAUGUGAGUCUUGCUGAAAGGCUUGGUCCAAAAGCUCUUGCCAAAAAUGGUCGACAGCAUGCCCAAGUUUCAGGCCGACCGCCCAAUGGAGAUCUCAAACAUGUACUGUACGAUGAUAAAAUCCCAUUCGACAACGCCGCACUAAGGCUCUCUCAUGAUAUGUGCUUGUUUGUGAAACCUUUAUCAGGUGAAGCAGCGAGACUGACGGUAGAUUCGAAAGACACCAUUCGGAGUGUGAAGAAGCAGAUCCGCAGCAAGUUGGAAAUUCCACUUAACCACCAGCACCUAAUUUUCGCUGGAGCUCAGCUCAUCGAUUCUCAUCCUCUGAGUGAAUACAGUAUUGAGCCUGGGUCAACGCUGUACUUGAUCGUCCGCUUUGUAGGUACCAUGACCGUUCAUGUACAAGACGCUGAGACCGAUGAACGCUUAGCGCUGAACGCCGAACCACUUGACACGGUCAGUAAAGUCAAGGCUAAGCUUUGCGACGAGCUGGGUCUCCUACCGAAAUAUCGGCAUCUGUACUUCGGCGGAAGGCGACUUGAAGGAGACCGAACACUGAGCGAUUACAAUAUCUCCGGUAGCUCAACCCUCUACAUGAAGUCGCUCGAAGCGGCAAGUUCACCGAAACUGCGGAAGACCAACGAGUGCACCUACCUGAAGGCUGCGUCUAUAUCUGCUGAAAGCCCAAAGCAUGCAGCCCUCCGUGUUCAUGAUGUGGGCAAAUCCAAAGGCGAGCAGUACUCAAAACGUCCAGGGCGUGAACAUCUCGCUCCCAUCACAGCUCCCCUCCAGAAAGCCAUGUGGGAUCCCUCCAGCAGAAAGCAGAUUUUCCAGGCCGGAAAGGAGGAACUAAGGGCACAGGUAGAGUUUCCAGAAGACGUCGCCAGAGGAACCAGAACGAUCCACGGCGAUAGCGACUGUGAUGGCGAGGUUGGAUCAAAGUUGGCGGCAGCAGACAAGCAGAAGAAACGGCAGCAGAAGAUCGGGUCUUCUCUCGCUCUUCAAGAGUUUGAGCACAACCGUGGCGCGAACAGUUCCACCAAGUAUUAUAGCGACAACUCACCAGACGCACCGGUGCCAUGCCGCCCUGACGAUACAUCUGAGGUGACCAGAUCCGCUCCAACCCCUUCAGAGCACCCCCUACUGUUAAUUCCACUUGGAAAGGUGACAGCCCAAUACCUGAACGCAAGUGAUCAACAGGACAAGAAGCACGCCAGCCUACAAGCUACUCGCAGGCCAACAUGUACCUCCGAACCCUCUUCUUCAUCCGCAAUCGGCAGCGGCGGAAGGAGCUCGACUGCUAUCCCCGGAACCAGCUGUUUCCUGCCUCCAGUGCCCUACGAUGCCUCACUCCGUCAAAUCAGCAGGAUUGUGCAGGAAAUUGCGAGAAUUCCACCACAUGAGCAAGAAGUGUGGGUGACGAGUCUCAGGGACCCUAGCACGUCCGUGCUCAUCUCCAGCACGGAGGAUUGCCAACCAAGCCAUGUACACGUACACUGCCGUUGCCGUGACGUCAGGCGAGCAGCAAACGAAGCCAUGGACGAGCAAAGGCGGAGCUGCUUGGUGCUGGCCUUUGCUCUGAUUGCUACAGUAUUGCUUGCCUCGGGCUCGGUCAAUCAGCUCGAGCGCUUCACAGCAGGCAAUCAAUCAUCUGCCUUGGGCCCGUUGGGACAAAGGCACACGGUCAAAGCUGGGGAUCGUCCUUGUCGUACAGACGCUAGCUGCAUUGACAGAGGAAGGGUGAGCACCUCGAGCACCUCGGACAGACCACUCAAUGACAUCAAGGACUUCUUCGAGCUGGGUGAUGAGAUCCACAAGUUUCUCAAUCGGGUGCAAUGCGAACACCUAGCUCGCUUGAUGGUGACAGAAAACGGCGACAUCCCAAACAACUUCAAAGAUAGAAUAUGUUGCUACAUUCGGAAGAACAACUAUGGCGAGGAGUCACCAGAGAAUGUCCCAGGGCUCCUCUUCUACUUCUGCUCAAAGGAAGUAAAAACGUGCGGAGACUUGCUUGACUUGAUCAAGAGAGUCAGUCCACGUGACUGUGAGAAGAUCAAGAAACUGAUCGUUGAUGCCCUACCAGAUGCAGGCUGAGCUACCUGGCAAGAGCGAGGGGUGCCGGCCGAGAAACGUACUCUCUCCACCGCCACGGCCUGUGCUAGACCCUCUUUGUCCUGCUAGAAACCGAAUACGAUUUUAUUUUUGUCCCGUUGAAGAUUUGGGUGAAUUUGUUCUAAUUCUUUGGCAGCAGAGCGUCUAGUAGAGACACAGCCACAGAGUACUACGUGUUUUAAGGUUCUAUGAUCUAGAGUGUGUGGUCACCAACCCUUCUCUGUACUGUGAUGCUGAUUUUGAGGGUCUAGACUCUAGAGUGUGUGGUCACCAACCCUUCUCUGUGCUGUGAUGCUGAUUUUGAGGGUCUAGACUCUAGAGUGUGUGGUCACCAACCCUUCUCUGUGCUGUGAUGCUGAUUUUCUUAGUUUACUGUAAUUGGUGUGCGCGGAUCCAUUGUCAAAUCCUUAUGACAGCCUACAUGUGCUUCAAACUAUUUUCUUCUGCUGACGCUUGCUUUUUCCCUUUUAUAACUCAUUCAAACUAAUGAUGAUGACUCAUAAGUCUUCUUCAGUUUAGUAUUAUACAUGUACAAGUUCUGUUAGGGUAUACAUUUCCAGCUGGAAUCAUAUGCCAGCCACCUAUACCUAUUAUGAUCGCUAAAUGUAUGGUCAUGUACUGACGAUGUCGCGUUAUAUGCACAUGUGCAUAUCACAGA